AGGGCUGCAGCGUCUUUUGUGGGUUCACGAGCAUCUCGCACCAAGACCAGAACCAUGGCCCGCCUGUUGGUAGUCUGCGUGCUGGCCGUCUCCGUGGCCUGCGCCACGUCUUACCAGACGAAGCUUAGCACUAGCCUGUACGACGAUGGCGGCAGUAGCUUCGGUGGCAGCAGCUACGGCAGUCGAAGUUACGGUGGUUUAGAUGGUGGUCUCGGCAGUUACAGUAGCUACGGCAGCGGACUCGGCAGUCUUGGAUUUGGACGUGGCAGCUACAGUAGCUACGGCAGUAGUGGCCUCGGUGGUCUCGGCUUCGGCAGCUACGGCAGCUACGGCAGUGGUCUUGGCAGCCUCGGCUAUGGAAGCAGUGGCCUCGGCAGUCUUGGUUUCGGCAGUGGCGGCUAUGGCAACUACGGCAGCCUCGGUGGUCUUGGCUAUGGCAGCAGUGGUCUUGGCUACGGCAGCUACGGAGGCUAUGGCAGUGGUCUCGGAGGCUACGGGGGUUAUGGAAGUGGUCUUGGAAGCUAUGGAAGCUACGGCAGCUAUGGCAGUGGUCUUGGAGGCUAUGGAGGAUACGGCAGCUAUGGCAGUGGUCUUGGAGGCUAUGGCGGCUACGGAAGCUAUGGUAGUGGCCUUGGAGGCUACGGAGGCUAUGGCAGCUACGGAAGUGGUCUUGGAGGCUACGGAGGCUACGGCAUCUACGGCAGUGGCCUUGGAGGCUAUGGAGGCUACGGCAGCGGUCUUGGAGGCUUCGGAGGCUAUGGCAGCUAUGGCAGUGGCCUUGGAGGCUACGGAAGCUUCGGAAGUGGUCUGGGAGGCUACGGAGGCUAUGGCAGCGGAUUCGGAGGUCUGGGAAGCUCGUGGGGACUGCAGUCCACAUGGUAAACAACGUGCUGAGCGAGAUGAGAUAGUUCGGCGUGAUGAUCGUAGUUAUUCAAUAAAAU